CGUUCUCGCUAUAACAAAUUGCGUAUUCAUGAUAUUGUAUAGAAAGAAAACGAUUAUCAAAAUUUUUAAAGCAUUAGAUAGUGAAGAGUUCCAAGGUACAGAUAGCGUUACGAACGCUAUAUUGACAAAGGAUGUAGCUCACUAUAAAAUGUAUUGGAAAGGCCUCUUGGGGCUGGGAAACUUCGCUUACACAUUGAACUCUGUCGUUCCAAUAAUUGUAAAUUUGGUAAUAAGUUCUUACCAACUUCAACUUCCUACGUUUAACUACUAUUUUCUAAGCGAAAGUAUUAAGAACGAAUACUUCGGCUUGCUGUACGCUUACGAAUUUUUUUCCAUCUACGGAAUCAUGAUGUACGACGUAACAACUGACUCAUUUAUAAAUGGCAUAUUAUUUUUUUCAAUAACACAAAUGAAAAUACUGAACAACAAAUUCAGAAAUCUGAAGACGGAAAUAAAUUCAAAACUGUCGAGAGACGCUCAAGAAAGAAUACACGUUACGAAACUAAAAGAAUGCUUGAGACAUUACGACAGCAUUUUGACAUACUGUAGCGAUGUCCAAAGUAUAAUCAACUUUAUUAUGUUCGUGAAAUUCGGACUAGGAUCCUUGCUUAUUUGUGUUCUGUUGUGUGGAUUACUUCUGCCUCAAACAAUGGAAUCUAUUAUGUUUAUGCUUUUCUAUUCAAUGGCAAUGGUAUUACAAAUAUUUGUUCCAUGUUGGCUUGGGACGCAACUCAUUUAUCAGAGUCAAGAGUUAGUGUUUGCGGCAUACAAUAGCAAUUGGAUCCCUAGGAAUGAACCGUUUAAAAGGAAUGUCAAGGUUUUUAUGGAGCGCGCUAAAACUCCUAUUGUAAUAAUCGGCUUCAAGUUGUUUCCACUGUCUCUUGAGACUUUCACGUCUAUAAUGAAGACAGCUUAUUCAUUCGUGACACUAGUGAGAAACUUUCAAGAAGAAGCUGAAACAUAA